GGAAGUUCGAGACGGAAGGCUUGACUGCACAUGGCUGUGAAUCCGUCCUAUUGCUAACUAAUAACAUUUAAUACUUAAAUAAUAUAUAAUAUUCAGCAUGUAUAAUCGCGCCGAUUGUUUAUCGUUGUUUAUAGUGUGAGGAAUACGAUGUGAAGCAUUUUAAGGAGUGAAAGUAAAAACUGCGAUUGUUUAUGGAGCUCGAGGCGGAUAUCAUAGAGUUUAGAGUACCUACUGAAAGCAAUAAAACCAUUUUUAUUUGGGAUAUACAGGCAUGCUUUUCCGAAGCGUAUAUUUAUGAGUCUCUCCGGAGUGUGUAUUCUGCCUUUGGAGCGCUCUACCUGGUGAAGGUGUGUCCCAAUGCCUCGGUGGCUGCUCCAGGCUUUUAUGCACUGGUCAAGUUUUACUCCACUGCCCAGGCAUCCAAGGCCCAGAAAGCCACCGAUAAACAGUGUUUGUUUCAGGAAGUCCCACUUAAAGUUAGACUGAGCACCAAGAACCCAACCUUCCUCUCUGGAUUCCAAUCCCUCAGCCAUGCUAAGUGCCAAGAUUUGGCUAAUAAUUACCUGGGCUACAAUGGCUGGUCGACUCGCAUCAUCACUCUGAAGGAUAUAUCAACAUGUACAGAUGUUGGUUGGAGCCUGGAGACAGACAGCCAGGGAGAGCUGCUGAAAUACGGCUGUAUCAUGGAGCUGACUCUUCCUCAGCAUGGAGUGACAUGCCGUGGGGUUGGUGUUGCCGAGGAAGUGGUUGAUAAGGAGAAAGGUCCAGAGGAGAAGCUGUGGAAAAGGGGCAAGCUAAUGAAAUGGGCCAAAGAUAAAGCAGUUGUUGCAGCUUUUGAGAAAGUAUUGCUUAUAGUGCUUGGUAAUGGAAAAAUAGCAGUAGAAUGCAGAACUGAUCCAGAAGAGAUUCUGCCAGAUGAGAAUGUCGAGGGAGUCAUCCAGGUUAAUGACAUUUCCUGGAGUGACUUUAAGGCUGAUGCAGCAGAAGGUGAAGAUUUACCAUGGAACUUCACAGUUAAUCCAGUCUAGAAAACUUUCACUUGUGUUUAAGGUUAAAUCUAUACUCUAUUGACCAACCACUGUGUUAAUCCACUGAAAGAGGAAACUGACAAA